CUCUGCCUCCAUCCAUCUCAGCUGCUCUCUCCCCCCCACCUCACAAUUUCACACCAAUGAGCAUGCCGCAUGUAGCUCCCACUCACUGGCAUCAGAAACACUAGAUAUCUUCAGUGCUGAGCAGUACAGUUUCAAACAAAUACACAACAGCAUUGGCUAGACGGAGGCUGCGUUCAGCCAAAAGGCACGUUGGGGAUAGGCAGUGAUAAAAAAGAGGGGGAGAAAGAGUCCAGCUGCUCUCUCACACCGGACUCAAGCAAGAUUUGCACCAUGAAGACCAGACUAGGCUGCCUGUCCCACAAAUCUGACUCCUACAAUGACUUCUCAGAAUUCCUGCCUCCAGCCCACGAAACCACAGCCAGGUGUCUGAAACUAUCAACCGAUGAAGUUGUUCGAUGGUCUGAAUCAUUCGAUAGCCUCCUCACUCAUAAGUAUGGGCUGGCAGCUUUCCGGACAUUUCUUAAGUCAGAAUUCAGUGAUGAGAAUAUUGAGUUUUGGAUGGCCUGUGAAGACUACAAAAAAAUCAAGAGCUCAGCUAAGCUGGUGUCAAAAGCAAACAAGAUAUUUAAGGAGUUUGUUGAGGUUCAGGCACCAAGAGAGAUUAACAUUGACUACCGUACCAGGGAGAAGACUAAGCAGAGCCUGGCGGAUCCCACCCCAACCAGCCUCAAUGAAGUCCAAGGUAAAAUCUACAGCCUCAUGGAGAAAGACUCCUACCCACGGUUUCUCAGGUCCAAGAUGUACCAGGAUAUAGUCAACAGGGCACAAGCGCGAGGACAACGAAGGUCUGUUUGACAAACAGUGGCAAUAAAACUGGACCUUUACUGUAGAUCAUUUAUCCUUUGAAAUCUCUUAAUACUGUGAAUCUGCAAGGAUGGGGGUGACCUGCUUGACUGUUUCCUUUAUCAACACCAGCUCCAUGCAUGCAAUCCCUCUAGAUAAAACGUGUCUCUGUGGACUGCAAUAUACAAUACAAUGAGUGUGGAUGAUUAUAAGCUAAUGGUUUGCUGAGCAAUCUGUCUGAAAUAUCAAAAUAAAAGUACAGUAUCAUGCAAUAAUGAUAGUUAUCACAAUAUUUGCUAUGUUUUGUUAGUUCUUUAGCUAUGUAAGUUAUUUAUUUUUAUAUCCCUCAUGCACUAUGUGAUUAUAGGCUAUAGACUCAAAUAAAAGACUCAAAUAGAGACUGGUAAGUGGUGGUUUGAAUUGAUAUAUGCAUUUCUGUAGAAAAGAAACUUUACAGUCAAUAAAGAAAUCAAAUGAGUUGUUCAAAUAGUCCUAAAAGCAAAAGAAAACCUUUAUGGUAAUCUCCAUGUGCACCUCUGGAUUGUUACUGCUUGAUCACUACAUGGACGUACAGUUGUGACCAACUGUGAACCUGUGAUUUCACAAUGGUCCUUAGACUUGAGAGACCAGACACCAAACUUCAUAUCACAGCAAGUAGUUGGAUUAUGACCAAGAACAUAUCUGUGUACGUGUGUGUGUGUGCGCGCGCGCGCGUGUGUGUGUGUGUGUGACUGAUUACUAUGGUUGUGCACUGUGAAUUUUCAAAAUCCUAACAGUGAACAUUCUGCAACCUGAAUCUGAAGCUUUUUGGCCCUAACCCAACUCUAUUUUUUCUCACCAGCUGCCUACUUCCCAAAUUUGACUUGUCCAGUCCAAGUAGUCAUGAUGUGGCCACUUGGACUGAUCUGCAAAAAGCAGAUAAAACUAAAACUGAGUUAUUAUUAUUUUAU